GGCUGAUAGGGCGGGGUAUAGGGUCACGUGACAGCAAAGUGCCAGACGGGGUCGGAGCUUCAAAUUCACAGAGGAGACCAUGAGCCAGCAAGGAGCGGCCCUGCAGAGCUACAACAACGAGCUGGUGAAAUGCAUUGAGGAUCUGUGCAGCAAGAGAGAGGAGCUGAACCGCCAGAUCCUGCAGGAGGAGGAAGAGAAGAACAAGCUGCAGAACGACGUCCGGAUCCUGACCGAGAAGCUGGCCCGGGUCAACGAGAACCUGGCCCGGAAGAUGGCCUCGCGGAACGAGUUUGACAAAACCAUCGCGGAGACGCAAGCCGCUUACAUGAAAAUACUGGAAAGUUCCCAGACUUUACUAAACGUUCUGAAGCGGGAAGCGGGGAGUUUGGGGAAAUCGACGGACGUUCGAGGAAGCGUAAAUACCACGCAGCCGAGAGACUGCUGAGUGCCGAGCGGGGGCCACGCGGCGCGUAACACCAGGGCGCCUGAACAUUUUAAUUAUUUUCUAUAUAUAUUUUAUUACUCGUUACAGAAAUCCGGUUUAAUAAAGAUUCUAUUUCUGGAA